AUGGUUUCUAUCAAGGAAUAUGUGGAAUUUGUUUUGGUGAUUAUUGCUUUGAUCGAUGAAGUUAAUGUGAGUAUAAUUUUCAUUUUUUUAUUAUAAAAAAAUUAAAAUUUUUUUGCACUGUGCAAAAAUUCAAAUUCAAAAAAUUGCACUGUGCAAACAAAAUGAGAGAAAAAUUUUGCACUGUGCAAAAAUUGAAACUAAAAACUGCACUGUGCGAAAAAUCAAUGUGAAAAAAUGCACUGCGCAUACAAAACGAGAAUAAAAAAUCGCACCGUGCAGAAAAUCCAAAUUGAAAAAUUGCACUGUGAGAAAACUGAGACUAAAGAUUGCACUGUGCGAAAAAAUUGGAAUAAAUUUGCACCGUGAAAAAAUUAAAAUUCAAAAAAAUUGCACUGUGCAAACAAAAUGAGAAUAAAAUUUUGCACUGUGCGAGAAAUCCAAAUUGAAAACAUUGCACUGUGCGAAAAAUCAAAGUGAAAAAUUUAUUUCAGAGCUUGCCAACUGCCAAAAAUUGCGAAGACCUCCUUCACGUCGGCUACAAAGACAACGGAAUCUAUGAAAUUUCCACUUUCCAAGGCCCUAGAUCCGUCUAUUGCGAUCAGAUUUCGGAUGGUGGGGGCUGGACCGUAAUCCAGCAACGAUUCAAUGGAACCGUCCAAUUCUGGAGCGCCCGUUGGGAGGAAUAUGCGAACGGGUUUGGGGAGUUGGGAGAGGUGUGUUUCGGUUGGUUUUUAGGCAAUUUUUUUAGGACACCGAGUUUUGGGCGGGAAAUGAGCUAAUUCAUGAGUUGACGGCACAAUGCAGAAACAUGAGCCGGCUUAGAGUGGUUUUAUUUGGCGAUCGGAGUCCGAUGAGUCAAGAUGAUGGGCAAUUGUAUGUUGGAAACUACUUGUUCAAGGUAAAAAUGAAGAUUUUAUAUUGUUUUAGAGGCUAGGUUGCUGAUUUUUGCAAAAAAUUUUAAUUUCUGGUCUAAAAUACGACUUUUAUGCCAAAUUUCUUUUCCUUUAUACAAGAUGGCGUAUUUUAAAAGCUAUUUCUUCUCUUUUUGGCCUAUAAAUUUACUCUUAAUCAUCAUUUUUACCUUAUUUUAGACAAAGUUUUUUUUUAUUUUCAAAAUUUUGCUUUGAAAUUCAAUUUUUCUCGGCUAAAAAGUUUUGUAAUUACACGUAAAUUAGAAACUGCGUAUUUUACCACCACUAUCGUAUUAUUUUAACCUUUAAAUUCACCUUUAAUCAUCAUUUUUACCUUAUUUUAGACAAAAAUUUCAAAAAAAUUUGAAAUUUUUUUAUUCUCAGAUUGACUCGGCCUCCCAACUAUACACUAUCCACAUAAAAUACGACAAGAAUUUGCCGAACAACGCCACCACCGGCUGGUACGACCUCACUUUAGCGGAUCUGAAUCCAUUUUCCACGGUCGAUCGAAUCCACGAUCCAGAGCCAUAUUGCCUGAGGCAAUAUCGGAUGGGGUAAGUGCACGAUAGAUUAUGCAUAUUCAACACACACUAUACCAGCCUUUUUGGGAUAUUUUUUAGCUAUUUCUGAGAGUAUUUCCUCAAAAAAGUAAAUUUUUUUUGUUAUUUUUUCUGGAUUUAAUUUUAAAAAAUCGUAUUUUAGUGGCUGGUGGACCAAGAACUGCGGUGUGACCUCACUGAACGGUGAAUACAACCCCAGAGAAUACGGCAAAGGCUUUGGAUUAUUUUUUAUGCUCAAAGGACAACGAGUUAUUCAUCCCAGGACAACUCAGAUGAUGAUACGGUGUAAUGAUGGCUAG